CCCCAUCUGCUCCAAAUCCAAGCUCCUCCUCUCCCCUCGACCUCUCCUGGCAGACAUCGACGAUCCAAAGAUAGCGCAACCGCCUCCCUCUCCGAUCUCCCCCUAUUUGAGGAUCCCACCGAGACCUCCUCUUCUUCUCCCACGGCACGAUCGAGGACCCAAGAAUCCAAUUCCAGCCGAGAAAGAGAAAGCAAGCAGGCAAUUUCGAGAGAGAUUUAAUCUAAAGGAGCGAUCUUUGAGGCAGGCAGAGGAGAGGAUCAACAUCCAUGGCGGCGGUGAUGAUGGCGAGGCAGGGGCGGGAGCUGCAGCGGUACAGCGACAGCACCGGCGGGCGCAUCGUGGUGGGGUGCAUCCCGUACCGCCUCGGCGCCGGCGGCGAGGUGGAGGUGCUGGUGAUCAGCUCGCAGAAGAAGGGCCCCGCGGGGGGCGUGCUGAUCCCCAAGGGCGGGUGGGAGCUGGACGAGUCCAUGGACGAGGCGGCCCGGCGCGAGGCCGCGGAGGAGGCCGGCGUGGUCGGCGAGACGGGCCCCGCGCUGGGGCGGUGGUGCUACCGCAGCCGCAGCUACGACGCGACCUACGAGGGAUUCGUGCUCCCGCUGCGCGUCACGGCGGAGCUGGAGCGGUGGCCCGAGAUGGGCGCCCGCCGCCGGGAGUGGGUCUCCCCCGCCGAGGCCGUCGCGCGGUGCCCGCACGCGUGGAUGCGCGAGGCGCUGCAGCGCUUCGCCGGCACCGUCGUCGCCGGGGCCGGGGCCACGGCGGCGCUCCUCGGCUCCGCCCUGUAGCCGGGCGCGCGGGCUCGGCUCCGGCCUCGCGCGUUUUUCGGCCGGCCAAACCCGGACGCGCGCGCGCGGCGGGAGGCUCCGGCUGCACGGAGACAUGGGUAACGGCAGUAGAUCGACGGUGUGGCACGGCCAUCGUACUGUGGCCAAAUCGAUGUCACAAGGACACGGUUUUGUACAGUCCUGGCUGGUUGGGGAUUUUCUUUCGGAAGAAACAUGUAAAUCUGACGUACUAGUAGUUGACACAAUUCUUCAUUGUGACACGAGCAAGGAAUUUAAAACGGCAGCAAAGAUUCACCAAUC